AUGAUGAUUAAGGCAACCGAUAUCGACUAUUUGAAAACUGCAACUGUUACUUAUAAUACAUGUGAAAAUUAUUCUUUGACAACUCCUAGUGCUCAAUCAAUCAUUGAUGUCAUUGCUGAUGAUAUUGAAUCUACUCUAACUCAAGUUUCAAAAGUUGUUGAAUCUAUGAUCUUCUCGGUUAACCAUAAUGCUGCUGCUACCCCAGGUCUAUCAAAAAAUUUGAUAGACGUUACAAAUCCUUAUGUGCAAAUUGAUUCACCCUGUAAGAGAAAUCAAAAAUAUUCAUCAAAUUAUAUUGACUUAGAUACUCAAGAUGAAGAAGAGAAGCAAUUAGAUUAUGUAUUAUCACUAGAAUAUUCUGGUAGUAAUAACGCAAAUGCAAUGUGA